UUAUGAUGUGGAGUUCGCUAGGAUGUGUUUUGGUAGAUGAGGGGAUAAGGGAAAGUUGAAUUUUGGUUUUAGGUUAAAGAAGGGGUUUGCGAGGUUUGUUUUGUUAAAGUGGAAAUGACUUGUAGAGCGAAGGUAGCUAUGAAAAGAGAUAAAAAUGAUUCUAAAGAGCAGAUAGAGAAGAAUCCAAUGAAUAUCAAAGUUCCAACCAAUGAAUAUGAUGAUGAAAAUCAGAAUACCCUCAAAAGUCUCCGAAAUCCUUACUCAAAAUAACUAUGCUUCUCUUGAGAUCACUCCUCCUAAUGAUUAUAACAUGAUAGUUUCUUUAUAAAAAGGAAUAAUCUACCUGUCAGACUGCCUCAAACAAAGAUCGAUAUUUUUGACUCUGACAUAAGUGAUGAUGAAGAAUACUCACCAAUGAUUCCUGUAAGAGUACCACAAGCCGAACAUAUAUCCUCAAUUAGAAGAAUCCCCUCUCUUGAGCCAAAGAUGGGUGAUCAAAGGAAUAAAUUAUCUUUUCCAUCUUUGAAAAGAACCUCUGAGAAAACACCAGAGAAAAGCUAUAGUUAUAUGAGAUUCAAGCGAGAUCUUACUAGCAAGCGGAGAAGGAUUCGUGACCAGAGCACUGACCUAAACAUGACGCCUCAGAAGCCCAUCUCAAUCAACGUUCAACUUGCUGGCACCAGCCAGAUUUCUGACUUGGAGAAUCGCAAAAAGAACAGAGAGGUGAUUUUCCAUUCUCCUCAUAAGAGUGUGGCUAAUCGCCAACACAUCAGGAAGCCUCUGGAGUACUUCAACCUCAGGAUAAUUAAUAAGUCAGUCUGAACUCAGUCAGACCUGCUCCGUAGGAGGCAGGUCUCAGCUGAGAGGUUCAAGCUUAAGAAGUAUUAUGUGAAGAAGAACAACCAGCGGAAGCUAGAGAUCAUCGAGAAUUCCCCUAAGUUAAAGAAACUAGAGAUAAAUUUUAAAAAUCUUAGCGAAGUUAAGAAGUUUGAAGAUAUUUCUCAGAAAAUUAACCUUUCCAGUUUCAAAUUCAAACAACAGAUUGAUAAAAGAAAGUUGAUAUUUGAUAAAGAUGAGCUAUUCAAUCCUAAGUAUCACAGAAAGCCGGCUCCCAAAAAUAGUCAGAUGAAUAUUAAGGAGAAUACCAUGAAAUCACCAACAAGGAGAUCAAAGCAGAUGAUCAAGAAUAUAAACUUACUUUUAAAGGAUCAUAGUCAGAACACCUUGAGCAAGAUUAUAAAAAAGCAUCCUUCAAGCUUAAUAGCCAGGAAUAGGCUGAAAGCCAGGUCAAAGUCCUCUCUUAACAGUUUGAAUUUGUACUAGAAAUAACAGUUUCAAUCUCUG